CGUAAACACUUGAUGAAACCUCUGCAGCACCUCAACGGUGCCCAGUCUCUGUCGUCCCCGCAUCCCUGAGAAUGCAGCAUACUCAAUAUGCAAGGAAUUAGAGUCCAAGAUCUUCUAAUACCUGACGACAAUUCAUCCCAAAACUCGACAGCCAAAGAGGAGCGCCAUGCUAAACCCGAAUCUACACCAUCAGAAACAAAAUAUUUCAUCAUUGAAUUCAUCCAUGACACCAUAUGUCCCUUUUGCUAUAUCGGCAUGAAGAACUUGUUGAUUGCGAUUGAGAUCUACAAGUCGAAACAUCCAGACGCUGUGUUCGAAGUUACCUGUACACCAUUUAUCCUCGCGCCGAAUGCUAAGUACAGCUUCUAUGACAAAGAUCACUAUUAUAGUACCGAACGAGGUUUGCCAAGAAGCCGAUUUGAGGUAUGGGACAGGCUUGGGAGGGAUGUUGGCAUUAAAUUUACGUGGAAGGGUCGAACGGGCAACUCGCGACAUUCACAUAAACUAUUACGCUUUGCGCUCCAAAAGACACCGACAAGACAGUCAAGCACUGAGUUAACGGUAUACAGGCCAGUAGCGGAUGCACCCCUUUAUCCUCCUUAUUCUCUACGUGCUCCCGCUUUACCGGUACCUCUUCCGCAGCCUCGCGGCCCUGAUCUUCAGAUGCGUCUCCUAGAUGCCAUAACGACGAGAUAUCAUGAACAUGGUAGCGAUCUUUCAGAUCCACAUUUUCUCAUGGAAAUUACCAGGGCCGUGACAGGCUUCCCCGAAGAUGAGAUUCGUGCUGUACUCGAUAGCCCGGAAUGGGACCGAACAAUCGAUAUGCUCUCUUCCGAAGUACAGAAUCGAAUCAGUGUACGCAGCCAACUAGCCGGUCCUAUUGUUGCUGUGCCUACUAUGGUGUUCAAUAAUAGGUGGGUCUAUGGGGGUUUCCAAAAAGCGGAUGAUAUUGUCGACCAGUUCGAACUGCUUCGCCAGGGAAUCAACCCUCUCCGGGAGUACACAACAUCAAGUUUGGUACUCGAAGGUGGCAUUGCCGACACCAUUGCCCGCGAGGCUACUAUAGCAAAGGGGAAUAAUAGCAAAUAGCAGUUGACAUAGUAGCAAACAACGGCAUUGAAUACGGCAGAUAGAUGGGUGUCUAGCGUCAACUAAUCAGCCAACCAACUUCACCGAUCCUGCAGAUCUGGCAAAUGCUAUCAUCGAUCGAGGGAAAACCUACAGAAGGCGGACUCACAGAUGUGUCUGUAAUCUCGAGAUUUUUUUAUGAUUACUGAUCAACGGCUGGCUCGAUCUGCGGAGCAUUCUCUCCGGGAAUAUUUGCGCCUUGGUUAUCUCCGCUUACCGAGCACUUGCCGGUAAGGGAUUAUUGUGGCGUGCGAACGUGGUGCUACAAAGAGCAGCAAAGCAUGUGAAGAUUCUCAGCAUUGGGAUUUGGGCUUCGUGAUACAGAGGUGUGAUAGAUGCACACGGGUUGAGCGCGUGCAGUGUAUCUUGAGGCGAGCGGAAAGAAGAAGCCGAGUCGCUCUACUCCAAUCGCUUCCUCACUAUCUGGCCCCUACCCC